CCCUCACUACCAAGAUGGCUGCUGCGUACCUUGAUUAUGAGGUGCAUUCCAACUUCAUCAACGUCGGCGCCGGCGACGGCUGCAUUCAUUUCUUGAUGAACAAGAAGACAAUCGAACGGGCAGUACUCAUCGAUGGCGGUGACGACGAGGCAGAGCAACCCACCCGCGAAUCAUUUGAAGCGCUGAGAAAAAUCUACAAGGGAAAGUUCAAGCUUGAUGCCAUCGUCAUCACACAUUGGGAUGGUGACCAUUAUCGCUCUCUGACCAGCGUCUUAUAUGAUGACUUCGUGAAGCACAAGGAGAAGUCGACCCUGAUAGAUGAGAACGCCGUCUUCUAUUGUCCAUGGACGGCUAUGAAUAAGAUGAACAAGAACACGAAGUGGAGAGUCGAGGACGAUACUCUUUAUUUCGUCGUCGGUACCACGUGGCAUCCAAUCUGCGCCGCCGUCACAAGCACAAACUGUAUUGGUUACGACCUCUUCACCAAUAAACCCAUUUACGAUGAACCGUCAAAGGAUUGGACGAGUGUUGCAUCCCUCACAGAUGUAUACAAGCUGCCGACGCUCAAGAAGCUCUUGAAGCCCAUAUUUCUUAUUGUCGGCAUAGACAACCAAUUCAUCGACGACGACCCCUGGGUGCCGCCCGUGAAGGCAUGGAAGACUGUUGGCAAGGGCGCACGGGUGAUCAACGGCGCAUCGCUCAUGGCCACGGUCAUUUGGCCGAGCGCCAUAGGCGAAUAUCGCGUGUCACUCUAUACGGGCGGUGAUGCUGAAGAAGGGUGCGAGAGGUGCCUCCUGGAAUGGAUGGAAAAAGGUCGCAAUCUACUGAAGAGGGAGGUUCGGCUUGACGUGGUCAAGAUGGGCCAUCAUGGCUCGCACUUUGCCCUCCCGGAGAGUAUCGUCAAGUUCCAGAACAAAGCAUUCGUCGUAUCAGCUGGCUCGAGGCAUGGCCAUCCCAGCUAUUCCGUGCUGUUCUAUCUUCUCGGCAUCGCGGAUAUGAUGAAGAACAAUGAUCCAAUGAAGAUCAGCCCCUUCCAUAUUUAUGGCACAAGGAAGCCCUACUGGAUGGAUAUAGACGCCAGCGAGUUGAGCAGAGUUCACUUCAAUGUGAAUACCAUCUUGAGCUACACCGGUGGUACGGCCGUCGUCUGGAAGUCAAUGUUAGAGGUGCUCAAGUUUACAAAGAAUGGAUCUGGUAACCUGACGCAGCUUCGAAAAGAGCUCAACGACUUGCUCCAGAACUCCGUGGGUGAAAGCAUGCGGCAUAUGAAGAAUCUCUUCUGGAUCGAAAAGGGGGGAGACCUCAGUGGACUGGCGACUGUCGCUGACGGCGAUACAAUACUAAAUCAAUUCGAGAACUGGACACCGCCGUCGAAACACACCCUCCUCAACCCCACGAGAGAGUACGCUACAGCUGUAAAGCAUGCCAGACAAAGGAUGCAGCAAAAGUGGGCGGAGCAUGGAUGCGAGCCGAAUUCUGAUCCCUCUAACAUCCGUUUCGUGGCGGUGAAGGCUAAUAGCUCCAAUGUUGUGUGCAAAAUCGUGAAGCAAGGAGCCAAUGCUAUCUGGGAGGACAUUGUUCAAACCUCGGCUCGGUCUGGCAAUUCCUUCGCCGGUCAGGCAUCUGAUCCCCACCGAUUCGGAGGGAAGAGGAAAGCUCAGAAGAAAAACAAUCUUCUGAUAUCCGUCUCUGCUACAGCGGGCCCAGAUGAUGAGAUUGAAGAGUGGACUCACGGGCUUCUCUUUGACGACAUCAAGAAAGCCCAGGACCAGCCUGGCAGCAAUUUCCCCAAGACAGGCCGCUUCGUCCGGCACCACCUCCUGGGCAACGCCUCAGAUGUUGCUCUCUGGCUAAAUCAGUGUUUCUCCGAUGCUGUCGCAUUCAAAGUCGGCGGAUCAAUUGAAGAAGACGGAAAAAUAGUGCUUGACAUGAUGGACAUCCUCAUCUCUCCUACUUUUCACAGUACUGGGACGCCAUCUUCCGAGCCAAUACGUCUCGCCUUCACCACUGAGCAACAUACGCGGAACGCCCAAUUCGGCGAAGCAGCAACCUCUCUGCCACAGACGGCUCUUGGCUUUGACAGGCGUCUACAGGGCUUUCUUUUUGCGUUGGACAAUUCUCAGACGACCGGCAACAUGACUCUUGCGCAGUUUUCUGAGCUCAUAGACUUUCCUCUUCCUCCUUUGGUGAAGGGCAUUCUUUCCAUGGUAAAGCUCCGUCCCGCUCCUGCGCGUUCAUUUUCUGGAACAAAGAUAUACGAGGGUCCCGACUGUCGCUCCGGCAUAUGGUUCAUGCCAUGUCACGAUUUACGUGUCAUCUUUCGGAUGGCCAUGGAGCUGGAUCACGGCGAAAGUUUAGAAGUAAGCACUUCUGAGAGUACUUCUGCUAUGGAGAAGUUGUUGGAAGGAAGCGGUCUUGCGAGCACGGUAUCCGAUGUCAUCAUCACCGGUACAAGUGUGUCUGAAGCUCUGUUGAACGAGUAUAAGAGGACGCGAUCAGUGCUGGGGCUUCAGGCAAAAUUGACCAUCAACACGAGCAAACAAGACUCGGCCUCCACAAAUCCGUUCGGUGGAUUUUCUGUAGCUGCAGGUAUCACUUUCACGAAUAGUGGAUUCGAAGUCAAGCUUGUUAUGCACGACAAAACAUCCGAUAUACUGUCCUCAUUGCUUCAAUGGUGCCAGAAUCUCAUCUCUCAAGAGUCUGUUGACCAGAACGCCACAUCGUUGUUUGAGACAUCGACGGAUGAUAUCGUGAGCUCCGUAAAGGACGCAUUUGGCACAAUCUUCAAGCACUUCAACAUUCGCAGCGUCAUCAUUGGCUUCGAAGGCGAAUCAGAUGACGGAACCUCCUCGUCAAGUGGCAUGCCUAAGCCCUCAUACUUUACUAUCAACAUCGAAACCACACUCCUUCAGAACGACAAAGUGCCCUUUUUAACCUCCUUGAGCUGGUCUCAAGGUGUAUAUUCCCUUUCCUGCGAGCUUUGGCAUGAUUCGUCUACUUUUGACAUAGCCGGUACUCCUCUCUCCAUCCAGCCUUACAGCGACUUGGGCAAUAUGUCGGCCAUAAACCCAAUGACCCGGGGCAGCGUUGGUUCGCUGUCAAUAAAAGAUCUCAUUGGCAAGCCGGACAUGGUGUUUCCAGCUGGUAUUCCCUCCGUUAUCAGCGAUGCCCGCCUCAAUAUGAGUUUCGGCGGUACGCGAAAGACGGUUUUCCUUGAAGGGGCCGUCGAGUGUCCGCCUAUAAGCCCUGAGAGGGGCAGCCUUCCUCCAGUGUUUCGCUUCAGUCAGCUUCAUGUAGCCCUGAAGCUGGCCUUUGCUUCCGGUGGGACCGAGUUUGACCUUGCAUUUGAGGCUGUGACCGAGGUUCGACUACCGAAGGGUUUCACACCAGAUGACUCUCAUGGCGUCGUGGACGAUGUCAUUGCUAUUGAAACCAGAGUUGAGUACAACAGAGAGCACUCGGACUCUUCUUGGACCAUAUCUGGAAAAGUCAAGAACCUCAAGAUGGCACACCUUUACGACUUGUUUGCAGCCGAUGGUUCCAAUGAUGCCAUUAGGGAUCUCAUGGGAGGUAUACACCUUGACUACGUAUUCUUGAGCUAUGAGUAUCACAAGAACCUUCCGGGCAGAUUCGAACUCGAUGGCGUCCUAGUUCUAGGCAGCCCAAACAAUGGCCUUGAGUUGAAGCUCGAAUACACGCACAUCGGCAAGGCGAAGAAUGGCGAAGAGCAAGAAGACAGCAGCUGGUUCUUCAGAGCUGGUGCUAUGGCUGCUAUGGACAAAGAGGGGCCCACUCCUGAAGAGAAGACGUUCAAGAUUGCUGCGCUUCUUGAGGGCCUGGUGGACGACGUCGACGACCUUCCGGAAGUUGUACACAGCAUGGAGAUACCUCUAUCAGCUUUAGAGGCCAAUCUUGCCUGCAGCCGCGUACCCGGAGCGAAAAAGGGCGAAAACCACGCGGUCUCUGCGCUUACAUUCACCCUAACUACGCAGAGUGGCAAGUUUGCUGUCACUCUGGCACAGGUUCGCUCAUAUGGUGGAAGCAAGGACAAAGACACCUCGAAGGUGGUGCCGGCACGACUCCUCCGUUUCUCCUUGUCCAACAUGAACAGUAUCCAGGUACCGGUCGUUGGCGGCACAACACCACCCUUUGAUCAGGUUGGUGUCGUCUGGACAAACCGCGACAUAAGUCCCGCCGAGAUUGCAGUGCUCAAUGAGCAUGUGUUUACAAAUGAGCCGUUGUUGGUAAAGACACCUUCAGGUGACACCGGACCAGAUGCCAGUGACAAAGGUCUUCUACAGAAAGGCUUCCACUUCCAAGUUGCGCUGCUGGAAGGUUCCCAACCAAAGCUGAUCCUCGAUCAUGUUGUUGGCGGCAAGGAAAAGGAGCCGAAGAAAAAGGAAUUGGCUCUGACAGCUGGUGGCGAAGCAGUCGCUGCUCCCCUGGACAAAGGGAAGACAGUUGCGCCUAUGGCCAAGACUUUUGGUCCCCUCACCGUCCGCAACAUUGGGCUUUCUGUAUCUGGUGCGAGAUAUAGUAAAGUCAGCCUGUCUCUAGAUGCCAGUGUUCAGCUCGGGCCGCUCGCAUUUGCCCUGCUAGGUUUCACCAUCACCCUUGACCUCAGCGUCCUCACCAAUCCAGACAAGCUGGCAUCAAUCAUCACAGACGUCGGUAUCAACGGCAUGGCUGUCGCAUAUGACAGACCACCCACGAGAAUUGCGGGCAUGGUGACUCAAUUCGACAACAGAGGCAUCUCCAAGGGCUUCCAAGGUGCCAUUUCUGUCAGCCUCGACACAUGGUCCGCUAUAGCAGGCGGGAGAUAUGAGGAAUUAUACCCAGACUUCGCCAUUAAGUCCUUUUCUCUCUUUGGAAUGGUUCAAGGACCGAUUGCGGAGUUUGGCGCUGCCGAAAUCAACGGCUUGACCGGCGGCUUUGGAUAUAACUCGCGGCUCCAAGUGCCCGCAGAUGCCUCCGGGGUGGCCAACUUUCCCUUCAUUGCCCUCAACAAAAGCGGCUCACAAGGUGGUUCCGCAAUGGAUCAGAUGAAUCUCAUCUUGGCUGGAGGAGUCAAAGACGCCAUUUCACCUGCCAAUGAAGAGAUGUGGUUUGUAGCUGGUCUCGGCAUCAAAGCGUUCCAGACAUUUGAGGCGCAGGCCAUCUUCGCCUUAACACUUGACGAACAUCCAAAGUUUACUGUUCUAGCUACGGCUACAGCCGUCUUUCCCAAGCCUCCUAAAGGAAUCUCGCACUCGGAUGAUCCCUUUGGGAACGCAUUUGUCGUUGUUGAUAUCGCUCUGUCAUGUGUCAUCGACCCUUUUCACGGGACCGUCAUCGCAACAGGCGAAUUGACUCCCGUUUCCUUCAUUUUGAACCGAGAGUGUAAGCUGACAGGCUCUUUCGCAUUGGCCUACUUUCUCCCCAACUCGCCCCACGAUGGCGACUUCGUCUUCUCAAUAGGCGGCUACCAUCGAGACUUUGACAAGCCGUCUCAUUAUCCAGACGUCAGAAACCGCGUCGGAAUCUCGUGGAAGUAUGACAGUCACUUGUCCAUCAAGGGAGAGUCCUAUUUCGCCAUCACGCCUCACGCCGUCAUGGGGGGCGGCAGACUCGACAUGACCUUUGAGAAAAGAUUGCUUGGUGAUAAGCUCUGGGUACACAUUGCCUUCACGGCAUAUGCGGAUUUCCUCAUGAAGUUUCACCCCUUUUCUUUCCAAGUCGAUGUCACUGUGGUGUUCCAAGCACGCGGAGCAUUGGACCUUUGGCUGUAUACCCAGAAUCUGGGGCCCAUCACUCUGUCUGCCAGCCUGUCAUUAUGGGGGCCGCCGUUGGCUGGCGUGGCAAAGCUGAGACUGUGCACGUUCCAGAUCGAAGUCGCCUUUGGUCCAGGGUUCUGCAAGCCGAGCCCCUUGAGUCUGGACCAGUUCGUGCGAGUAGCAAAGAAUCUUCCCGCCGAGGAAUCUGCCACCGAAAAGAAUGUGCCGAACCAUAUCAUCAACGUAACCGCUGGCAAGGUGAAGACAGGCGAAGGUGCAAACACAGGGCCUAUUGAGAUCUCUGCCGCAGGGGUUCUCGUCCAAGUGCAAUCCAGAAUGCCUGUCCUGAGUGCUGAAAUAAGCGGCCAUGCGGAACCUAAACUGAGCGUCGUCAAGAACAGCAACGGAGAGGACAUCACACCGAGAAUAUUCGCCAGGCCGAUGCAGCUGCAGCAGCAAUUCAAGCAGUCUCUUUUGAAGGUCACUUUACGACGGACUAAUGGCAGCGAUACUAUCGACUUGGACGCGAACCCCCUCAUCCAGAGCUUGCCUCCUGCACUUUGGGGAGAGAACAUCGAUAAGCCGGACCUUGCCUCUCUUCGUGUGCCUAUGAUCUCGCAUGUGGUCGGAUACACUCUGUCUUUACGUCCAAAGACGGGCAGCUUGGAGGGUAUCCCUGCCAUCUCGGUGACCGAUUUCAACGCGGUGGAUGUUGGAAAGGACGACGCUUAUUCCGUCCCGCCUAUUGAGCGGGUGAUGUAUUUUGCUGACAAUGAAAGCUUCCAAUUGGCUUGUGGUGCAACCAUACAGGUUGAGAAUGAGGAAAAGAAGGAGGAGGAAGAGAAAAAGAAGAGGAAAGCCACAAGGAGGAAGAAGAAGGAUGCCUUUGCAGCGUGGGAUCGAUUCAAGAGUGUGUGUUCGGGAGGUGGCCUUGCCAAAAAGGUGCAGCUGGGCAAGAUAUUUGCAGCAACUCAGCGAGUAACGGCAUAA